AGAGGAAAAGGCCCUCUCCGUAUCUUCUCAGGCUCCGGAAACCUGGGCUAGAAAGCCUGGGAAGGGCUGCCCCGCAGGCACGCAGCCUCCCCCGCACAGCCCCUCUGGCCCAGGGGAGCUACCGCUCUCGAAUUACAACAAAGGGGCAGGAGGCCGGGCCUGCCUGCGGUGGCCGCCUUCAGUGAAGGGGGUGGGUCCGGGGAGGGGUUUGCGGUCCGACGCGAGUUAAAAGUGCCGGGAAAAGGGUUGGGGAGCGACUCCAGCCGGCGGCUUCCUAAACUUGGAGACAGAUUUCUCCAACGGCCGGAGAAGUCGGCUCGCCCCCUCUGCUCGGGAAAGGGGCUCCGCGGCGACGGGCGCAGAGAGGGGCCACCGUGGAGAGCCUGGCCCCAACCGAACGAGUGCGCACCCCUGCUGACAAGAAACUCCUGCCGUCCCUCCUGAGCGCCAAGUGGCCCCCUCCAUCAGGUCUUCCAGCCCGAGGACAGGGAUGGGGAGGCACGGAGGCUCCCGCCUUUGCCGCUGUCUGUCUGUGCUCGCCCUCCUGCCCGCCCUGAGCCUGGCGCAGUACGAGAGCUGGCCCCACUACCCCGAGUACUUCCAGCAGCCCGCCCCGGAGUACCACCGGCCUCAGGUGCCCUCCGACGUGGUCAAGAUCCAGCUGCGCCUGGCGGGCCAGAAGAGGAAGCACAGCGAGGGCCGGGUGGAGGUGUACUACGACGGGCAGUGGGGCACCGUGUGUGACGACGACUUCUCCAUCCACGCUGCCCACGUCGUCUGCCGGGAACUGGGCUACGUGGAAGCCAAGUCCUGGACCGCCAGCUCUUCCUACGGCAAAGGGGAAGGGCCCAUCUGGUUGGACAACGUCUACUGCACCGGCAAUGAGGGGACCCUCGCAGCCUGCUCCUCCAAUGGCUGGGGUGUCACUGACUGCAAGCACACGGAAGAUGUGGGUGUGGUGUGCAGUGACAAAAGAAUUCCUGGGUUCAAGUUUGAUAAUUCGCUGAUCAACAACAUAGAGAACAUGCAUAUCCAGGUGGAGGACAUCCGGAUCCGAGCCAUCCUCUCCGCCUACCGCAAGCGCACCCCGGUGACGGAGGGCUACGUGGAGGUGAAGGAGGGCAAGACAUGGAAGCAGAUCUGCGACAGGCACUGGACAGCCAAGAACUCCCGCGUGGUCUGCGGCAUGUUUGGCUUCCCUGGGGAGAGGAGCUACAACGCCAAAGUGUACAAAAUGUUUGCCGCCCGCAAGAAGCAGCGCUAUUGGCCAUUCUCCAUGGAGUGCACAGGCACGGAGGCCCACAUCUCCAGCUGCAAGUUGGGCCCUCAGGUGUCGCUGGACCCCGUAAAGAAUGUCACCUGUGAGAAUGGGCUGCCGGCCGUGGUGAGUUGUGUGCCUGGCCAGGUCUUCAGCCCUGAUGGACCUUCAAGAUUCCGGAAAGCCUACAAGCCAGAGCAACCCCUGGUGCGGUUGAGAGGAGGUGCCAACGUCGGGGAGGGCCGCGUGGAGGUGCUCAAGAACGGAGAAUGGGGUACCGUCUGCGACGACAAGUGGGACCUGGUGUCCGCCAGCGUGGUCUGCAGAGAGCUGGGCUUCGGGAGCGCCAAAGAGGCCAUCACAGGCUCCCGGCUGGGGCAAGGGAUAGGACCCAUCCACCUCAACGAAAUCGAGUGCACCGGGAACGAGAAGUCCAUCAUAGACUGCAAGUUCAAUGCUGAGUCUCAGGGCUGCAACCAUGAAGAAGAUGCUGGUGUGAGAUGUAACAUCCCCGCCAUGGGCUUCCAGAAAAGGCUGCGCCUGAACGGGGGCCGAAACCCCUACGAGGGCCGAGUGGAGGUGCUGGUGGAGAGGAACGGGUCCCUCGUGUGGGGGACAGUGUGCGGCGAGAACUGGGGCAUCGUGGAGGCCAUGGUGGUCUGCCGGCAGCUGGGCCUGGGGUUUGCCAGCAAUGCCUUCCAGGAGACCUGGUAUUGGCACGGAAAUAUCAACGCCAACAAGGUGGUCAUGAGCGGAGUGAAGUGCUCAGGAACAGAGCUGUCCCUGGCGCACUGCCGCCACGACGGAGAGGACUUGGCCUGCCCCGAGGGCGGAGUGCAGCACGGGGCUGGAGUUGCCUGCUCAGAAACUGCCCCCGACCUGGUCCUCAACGCAGAGAUCGUGCAGCAGAGCACCUACCUGGAGGACCGACCCAUGUUCAUGCUUCAGUGCGCCAUGGAGGAGAACUGCCUCGCGGCCUCGGCUGCCAACACCAACCCCACCACGGGCUACCGGCGGCUCUUGCGCUUCUCCUCCCAGAUCCACAACAAUGGCCAGUCUGACUUCCGACCCAAGAACGGCCGCCACGCGUGGAUCUGGCAUGACUGCCACAGGCACUACCACAGCAUGGAGGUGUUCACCCACUACGACCUGCUGAACCUCAAUGGCACCAAGGUGGCAGAGGGCCACAAGGCCAGCUUCUGCUUGGAGGACACGGAAUGUGAAGGAGACAUCCAGAAGAGUUAUGAGUGUGCCAACUUCGGCGAGCAGGGCAUCACCAUGGGCUGCUGGGACAUGUACCGCCAUGAUAUCGACUGCCAGUGGGUCGACAUCACCGACGUGCCCCCUGGAGACUACCUGUUCCAGGUCGUCAUCAACCCCAACUACGAGGUGGCAGAGUCUGACUACACCAAUAACGUCAUGAAGUGCAGGACCCGCUAUGACGGCCACCGCAUCUGGAUGUACAACUGCCACAUAGGUGGUUCCUUCAGUGAAGAGACAGAAAAGAAGUUUGAACACUUCAGUGGACUCAUAAAUAACCAGCUCUCCACGCGGUAAAGCAGUGACAUGGUCACCUCCUGCCUUCGGGCCACAGCACGUCUUCCCCAACGACCGACCGAUCAGAUCGCCCUGCUCCCCCUCAUCCAGCCCGGCCCCGCCUGUCUCGACGCCCUGCAGCCCCGGCCAAGCUCAGGAGGAAGGCGAGUAAGGCGUGUUCCUGACACCUGCUGGCUGGGAAGGCCUCUGGGGCUGGGGCUCAUCCACGGGGCUGUGGGAGCAGUGCCAACGGAGAGCCACCCUGACCAGGACCCCAGCGCACAGGUUGUCACCAGCUUGUCCCACCCCAAGCACAGUCCGGUCCGAGUCUCACCACCUGCUCGGCUCAGCACAGAUAACACGGGGCCAUUUUCUUCUCAAGUUACAUGCUGGCAACGUGAGUGAUCAACCCGAGGAGGUCUGGCUGAAUCCCAUUUCUCCUCCUCUUGGGUCGUUUCCAGCCAACUGGAGUAUCUAGACUUCUCUUCCAAUUAAACAAACUGCCUCCACCCUCUUCUAUCCACACAUAUAAAUAAUGCUGCCACACGUCUUCUGAUUCAGUGAGGUCAGAGCUGGUGCUUCUCUCCCCCCCACACCCCCGUGUCCUCUUAUUUUUCAAGAUACUAUUAUUAUAUGCUAUUUUCACAGACUUUGAAACACAAAUUUAGUGGCAUUUCAUAUUGGGCAUCUGGGCCUUUGAAAGUAUAGCUCGAAAGAAAAACCAGCCCCGCUGUGUAAGUGACUCCUCUUUCUGUCCUUCCAGUUCUGUAACUGAUUCAACGGUGCUAUAACCAGGGUCCUGGGUGAUGAGGACACUUACCGAUCGCCAUGUGUCACCACGGACACUUACACAUACUUGAAACUUGGAAUAAAAGAUUUAUGACCUGCA